CCCAGGCCUCGUCAUCCACUGCUCCACCGUGAGACAGCAGCGCCACCGUGCGGACCGAGCAGCGCCACACCGGACAGUGACACAGCAGGAGGCGGAGGGGGGCAGCCAGCCAGACCGGAUCCUUCAUGAGGGAAGAGGCCAGGGAGAGCCAGGCAGCCCCGGCUUCUCUUCUCUUCUCCGUCACUAUUCUUCACCGCGAGCCCCGGAGCCCGAGCAGGGGGCUGCGUUACCGCCCGGGAGGAUGUCCCGACAUGAGGGUGUGAGCUGUGAUGCAUGUUUAAAAGGCAACUUCAGAGGUCGACGAUACAAAUGUUUAAUUUGCUACGACUAUGAUCUGUGCGCGUCGUGCUACGAGAGUGGUGCGACGACAACCAGACACACCACAGAGCAUCCCAUGCAGUGUAUAUUAACCCGGGUUGACUUUGACUUGUACUACGGAGGUGAAGCGUUUUCAGUGGAGCAGCCCCAGGCCUUCACAUGUCCCUACUGUGGCAGAAUGGGCUACACGGAGAUCUCCCUGCAGGAGCACGUGGCUGCAGAGCACACAGAGACCUCCACAGAAGUGAUCUGCCCCAUAUGUGCAGCGCUGCCGGGUGGCGACCCGAAUCAUGUGACAGAUGACUUUGCUGCUCAUCUCACACUUGAACACAGAGCACCCAGAGACUUGGAUGAAUCCAGUGGGGUGCGACAUGUGAGGAGGAUGUUUCACCCAGGGCGCGGGCUGGGGGGUCCACGAGCCCGCAGGUCUAACAUGCACUUCACCAGCAGCACCACAGGGGGGCUCUCCACUAGUCAGAGCUCCUCACAGAGUUCCAACUACAGCAGAGAGGCCAUGGACCCCAUAGCAGAGCUUCUGUCCCAGUUGUCAGGGGUGCGGCGUUCAGCGGGCGGCCAACUGAGCUCUGGCCCGUCAGCCUCUCAGCUCCAACAGCUUCAAAUGCAACUCCAGUUGGAGCGCCAGCAGGCCCAGGCGGCGCGUCAGCAGCUGGAGACGGCCCGAAACGCCACCCGGGGCGGAGGCAGAGCUAAUGCAAUCCUCAAUACUAAUUCAGCCGCCACAAACUCCAACUCCAGCGCCAACCACAACACCAACCCCAGUCCAAACCCGGGUCCACCUGAGUCGAAUGCUCAGCAUACUGCACAUAGCUCCCAGUUUCUACUCAGCAGGCUGAGCGAACCACGGCUGUCCGAGGCCGAGCGGCAGGCGUGCGAGGCCCAGUGGGCCGACAGGAGCCUGUUUGUGGCGGAGCUGCUGCUGUCCACGCUGCUGCCUGACGAGGACGCGUCGGCCUCCGAGGACGAG